AUGCGUGCAGAAAAUGUCACUAUUACUGCCAAUCGACCGAUGUUCAAGUGGAAAGGGAAAGGAAGGAGCCAUGAGGAUCUACAACUUCUAGCUAUCUCGUCGCGAAUGACCGAACUAUCCUAUAAUAUCUCGGACAUCCAGACGCGCAUAUUCGAGAUCCAAGAGUUGCGGCAUAAGUCACAGUCGGCUACCGAGCCCUCCAAUACGACUGGUGUCAUCGACCAGUCCCUCUCCAGCCUUGACGAACGCCUCGAGACCGUGACGACUGGUAUCAAGUCAAUCAACAAGUCACUUGAGCCGCUUUUUGAGCGUUCUGAAAAGACGCCUACAAUUCGGGAGGCUGCGCCAACCGAGGAGGCGGUGAUCUUGCGCAAGCAUGCGGCGAUGGUAGGGGAAUGGGACGCGUUGCAGAAGGAGAUACAAGUGCUACGGGAGGAGUUGAAGGAGGACAAGUGGUUGACGGUUUUCAGGACGGUGACAGACCAGGCGGACGGAAUGAUGUCGAGUUUGGAGAAGGCAGUCAACCGAUGUCAGGACUUCAUAUGGCAAGUUCAGAGGCAAGGUCUGGAGGACGCGAUAUCACGUUCGUCCUCGUCAUCCAUCCGUUCCGACAAAUCACCUAUGAACCAAGACAUGUUCAACUCUCUCCAGGAGUCGUAUGAAGCGAAGAAGAAACAUUAUAUGCCAGCAACAACCAAGGUUCUAUCAAUCAUUGACAAGGGUGUCCAGGACCGUGUCACGAAGAAUGGCGAGUGUCUGCGGAGGCAUGCGGAGUCGACGCAACGCUGGCGGAACCUCAAAGAGCGGAUUGCGCGGACAGACAGCGAAAUGGAGGCUGUGCAU